UGUCCCAGCUGGUUGUUGGUUUCGGUACAGCUGCGUCGCCGCCGGGCAAGUAUUUGCUGCCUCUGCGAGAGGACGGCCCAGCCGUCGCGGCGCUCCGCUUUCUAGCAGAAAGAGCGGAAGUGGCGUUCCUCCGGCCUUUUGCAGAAUGUCGGCGUCCGGGCUUGCGUGCUAGGCAGUCCCUCAAGGGGGUUGUUUCCCCUCGAGACCCCCAUCCUGAAAACGAGAUGAUUCUGUGAAUUGAUUUUACAUGGCAGAUAAAAUGCCACAAUAUUCAUAAGUCUGGUCCAAAGUAUAACAGUGUCAUGAUGGAUGUAGGUAAAUGGCCAAUAUUUACAUUGCUUUCACCUCAAGAAAUAGCAACUAUCCGGAAAGCAUGUGUGUUUGGAACAUCUGCUAAUGAGGCUAUAUACAUAACACACAAUGAUGAGGUUUUCGUAUUUGGACUAAACUGUAGUAAUUGUUUGGGAACUGGAGAUAACCAGAGUACUAUUGUACCAAAGAAACUUGAAUCUUUAUGCGGAAAGAGGAUUCACAGUCUCAGUUAUGGAAGUGGGCCACAUGUAAUUCUUAGUACAGAAGAUGGUGAAGUUUAUGCUUGGGGACACAAUGGAUACAGUCAACUUGGGAAUGGGACUACAAACCAAGGUGUUACACCUAUUCAAGUCUGUACCAAUUUGCUAAUUAAGAAAGUAACUGAAGUAGCUUGUGGCUCCCAUCAUUCUAUAGCAUUAUCAUCCGAUGGAGAUGUAUAUGCCUGGGGCUACAACAACUGUGGUCAAGUUGGGUCAGGAUCAACAGCAAAUCAGCCAACUCCUCGCAAAGUUUCUAACUGUUUACAGACAAAGGUGGUAAUCAGCAUUGCAUGUGGUCAGACCUCUUCCAUAGCUGUGGUAGACAAUGGUGAGGUAUACGGCUGGGGUUAUAACGGCAAUGGCCAACUAGGUCUGGGAAAUAAUGGCAACCAGUUAACACCGUGCCGAGUGGCAGCACUCCAAGGUGUUUGCGUAAUGCAGAUUGCCUGUGGCUAUGCGCAUACACUAGCACUAACAGACGAAGGUUUGCUCUAUGCCUGGGGAGCUAACACUUAUGGACAGCUAGGGUCUGGCAACAAAAGCAACCAGCUAAGCCCAGUGCAGAUCAUGAUGGAAAAAGAGAGAGUUGUAGAGAUUGCUGCUUGUCACUCUGCUCACACUUCUGCUGCCAAGACGCAGAGUGGCUUGGUGUACAUGUGGGGUCAGUGCCGGGGGCAAUCAGUAGUUCUCCCACAUGUUACCCACUUUUCUUGCACUGAUGAUGUAUUUGCUUGCUUUUCCACUCCUGCUGUGAUGUGGCGUCUCCUCUCAGUAGAGCACGAGGACUUCUUAACAGUGACAGAGUCUCUGAAGAGAGAAUUCGAUAGCCCUGAAACCUCGGAUCUAAAAUUUAGAGUAGACGGAAAGUUCAUUUAUGUACAUAAAGCUGUUUUGAAAAUCAGAUGCGAGCACUUUCGUACAAUGUUCCAGUCAUACUGGAAUGAGGACAUGAAGGAGGUGAUAGAAAUAGACCAGUUUUCCUAUCCAGUGUACCGUGCUUUUCUUCAAUAUCUGUACACAGACAAUGUUGAUCUGCUACCUGAAGAUGCUAUAGGACUUCUGGAUUUGGCUACAUCAUACUGUGAAAACAGACUGAAAAAACUGUGUCAGCACCUUAUCAAAAGAGGGAUCACAGUGGAGAAUGCUUUUUCAUUGCUCUCUGCAGCAGUACGCUAUGAUGCAGAGGAUUCCUAGGGAAUGAAGGCAAAGGGUGGCUGCAAGCUGAUACUUCCUUCCUUCCUCAGUGCACCCACAAGAAAAGAAUAGAAAGAAAAAGGGAAUCCUGACACUUCUGUCUGCAGGUGAGGCUGCUAACCAGUGCCUGACUGCAGCAGUGGAAUGGAUGAGGGCCAACGAACUGAAGCUUAAUCCAAAAGCUAUUUCCAGGUGGUUCUUCUGAUCAGAUGGAGGGAAUUCAACUUGUUCUAGACAGGGUUGCACUCCCCUUGAAGGAGCAGGUUCAUAGCUUGGAGAAAUCCUUUAGAUGUCUUUGUCACUUGAUGGCCAGGUGGUCUCAGUGGCACUGAGUGCCUUCUACCAACUUCAUCUAGUGGCUCACCUGUGCCCCUACCUGGACAGGGAUAGUUUGAUUUCAGUCAUCAGUGUUCCCAUAGUCUCUAGACUAGGUUAGUAUAAUGCACUUUACAUGGGACUGCCCUUGAAGAUUGCUCAGAAGCUGCAGUGCAUGCAGAAUGUGGCAGCCAGAUUAAUAGCUGAGACCAGAAGAUGCAAAUGCAUGACACCUACCCUGGCCUGCCUGCAUUGGCUGCCAGCAGACUUUCAAGCCCCAUCGAAGCAGUGAUGCUCUACAUGGCUUGGGACAACAAUACCUGACAGAACACUUCUAUCAGCUACAGUUGUCUGAUCUAGACCCUAUAUCCAGUAUCUGGGGCUUUCCCCGAGUGCCAUCUCCAAAGGAAGGCUCAGUUGGUGGCAACAAGGAGGGGCUGUUGUGCUCACACAUGGGGAAAAGCAGCCAGAAGGACCAUGGCCUGUUGAUAGAUUCAAUGGGAAUUGGAAUCCAGACAGUGAAGAUGAAGCAGUUUUGGAAUGUCAGCAAAUGACAAUAUCAGAUCAAGGCCAGGGAAUGUGUACCGUUCAAGCCCUGUUGCCCCAACUGGGCUGGAAUGGAGAGAGCCCAGCUGGGGCAGAGCCUGGGGCAGAAGAUGACCAGAGCUCUGGUCUGCUCAUGGGAGAAAGGAAGGCAAGUUCAGGGUCUGCUGCCCAGGGAGGUGUUGCCGAUUGCUGGGAGGCAGCACGGGCGGGAGAUUCAGUAGUCAGAGCUACCAGAGGGGUGGAGACAGGUGCAGGGUUCCAGUGCCCUGCCAGCAACAGAGAAAGUCUCUUAAAUGGGAUGAAGAUUAAGGGGAGGACUCAAUGCUUUAGUAUGGGUGAAAUCAGAGAUGUUUGACAGUGAGGACGUGUAACAAUGAAACCUUGUGAAAAGGAACUCUGAACACCAUGUUCACUUGGGAGAAGGAGUGUGCCUCAAGAUUACGUCUUCUCAGUGGUGGCUCCCCAUUUAUACUACAGCCUUCCCAUUGAGGCCCACCUGGUACUAGUCCUAAUAUCUUUUUGGUGGCAGAUUAGGGUUGUCCUCUAUGAUAGGUCAUUUAAUUAUUAUAUUGGGAGUAUUGUACCAACUGUUUGAGAGGCCUUGUGAUUCAAUUUGUGUAAGCCAUUGCAGCUUUUGAAAUGUGUUUUUAAAUAUGAGUUUUACAUUGUAUACUUAGUUUAAUGAGCUUUUAUUAUUUUGUAGUCUAUGUUAUAUUUUUGCUGUAUUUUAUCUGAUGUUCUGAACUGUCCAAAGAGCAACGGUCAUUGGCUGAUAUAAAAUAUAAUAUUAAGAAUAUAUGCAGAAUGAACAGCAAUUUUGUUUCAAAAAUUGCAAAUAGUAUAAACUGAGAAUUUCAGAAAGACACACGUGAGAAAAAGAAUGAAGACUUAAAUGUAAUCAGCCUAAUCACUUCAGAUUUCAUAGCUCAGGGAUUUUUAAUAAGAUACACCCAGGAUUCAAAUGAAAAAAGCAGAUGAAAUUUUAAAAGGGAGCAUUCCACGGUGACUUAACUAUAUUGACUUCAUGAGAUGCAGCACUGCAAAAUUUGUGGAGGAAUUCAGACACUUCCAAAACAGGCUUUUACAGGACUUAGAAGAGUUCUGCUUUAAGUUUUGUGUCAAUCAUUUGACUGAAGUCACCCAAACGGCAGC